AAUCAGGACAUAUUCCUGCAAUACCAACUGAUACUAGCACUGCAAAACAAAUACAAUAGAAGCCCACAAUUUAGUAUUACCUACUUGAUGUACAUAUUUCAUCUAUUGCAAAAAAAUAAUAACAUUUCAAUUCUACAAACUUAUAUUUCAAAUAACAUUUAAGUACAUAUUCAUAUGUAUUUAUUUAUGUAUUUAUGCACUCAAUCGCAACAUUUCACUCAAACCAUUUUUCGCUCACCUUUAGUUCUGAAACGUGGUGGAAAAUGUGAAACACAACAAAAGCAAGCUGAAGAAUUCUCACCAUUGCUCACUCCACAGACGAAGCGUUGCAAAGGAAGUGAAACGAACAAAACAAGUUCUGCUUGUUAUUCCACUCAAUACCACUCGGCCAAUAAAUAAAAUAUUAACAAAUGCGAGCAGCUGUCAACAGACGAUGUUCACAGAAAAGACCUUUGCAAAUAGAAAAAACAACAAAAUGACGAAUUUAUCAUGGCUACAUUACGCGCGCGCAAAAGAGAUGGCUACAGUUCAUCUCUGCCCCCUAUUUGAGCCCAUGUAGUGUUCACAAGCGGCAGGCGACAUUUUGGAAUCAACUUUGGGCGGCUAUAGACGGUGCAACAACAAAGUGGAGAGCCACUAUUCGAGUCAUACAAGGAAUGCUAUCUCUUUCUGACUUAAGUAGUGAGAGUUUGAAUAAAAACCUGCAGUCCCAGCAGUGUAUGAUAGAGAAAAUCCAAUUGGAAGACUACUAUCUCGUUCAUAUCAGAAGGAAAUAUCUCCAACUAUGUAAUCUCUCGAUACCAACUAAACCAAGUUAGCUCUUUCUCGCACAUUUGCUUAGCGGAUCUCUGUGAAUUCCUAUAAUAUUGAAUAACUUCAGUGUGUUUAUUCAGUUAGGCAACACAUGAGUUCAAAACGUAUAACCUCUCCUACAGUACUCACUGAGAGACCAUGUUCUAGCCUAUGUAAACGAAUAUGCGGACGUAAGUUGCUGUGCAAUCACAUUUCCAUUUUGACUUAUUUUUGCAGAGAGCCAUUUCCAAAACGAAAGAGCCCCCCAAACAAGCGUAUUGUUGAUGUGAGACUGUUUUUUACACUCCUAAGUGGAUGAGUGAGGACUUGACUUGAUUGCUUUGAGGAAGGUGCCCGCUGUCUUCGACGCAGCAAAAGAAUCAAAUUGCUCAAGUAGGCGUGUUGUUGUAAUUCUGUUAUAAUUCCGCUUUGCAAGGUGCUCAGCUCCAUUGUAUCUCUCCCUUCUCUCCGCCUUGUGGCUGCCACCCAUCAGCCGGCUUUUCAACUGACCGUUGCUUACUGUCUGCUGCCAAGUUGAGUUUCAAGUGUUGAAAAGAUAAAUUUCUCCGCUCGUCGGGUUAGAUUCUCUACUUUUCGACUCGUUUGUGCCGCUCGCCUUGUGAUCUUUUUGCCUUUAGCCGCUACAACAUUUCGCUAAUAUGAUUUGUUGUUGGCGCUUUUUGCUAUUGUUUUUUGGCUGGCUCGUUGUGAAUGGCCGUUUACUCGUCGCUCAGGCAAUUGUCGCCUCCAUCGAUCAGCUGCUGUUGCUGCCGCUACGGCCGCCACCACUUGCUGCCUUUCAGCUUGCCACUCGAGUGCGUUUCGCACAGUCGACCCCAACAACACAGCGCCGCCGUUCGCUCUGUUUCAAUUUAUACUGCCGACGCUUUCGUCCAGCUCGUCGCUUCGUUGCCAGUGAAACGCUACCGCCUCCGUGGCUAUCAGCGCGUCUUAGCUGUUUUUACCAAAUCCGCCAAACAACUGUUUGCGGCGCGUUUGCUAUGUUGCGCCUAAGCUAUGUCGCUUGCCGGUAACUGAGCAGCGCGUACGACUGGGGCGAGCAGGCGCCACCUGACAUUUCGCCAACAGCCGCCGUUUGGCAUCUUCAUUCAUUGGUCAGCGUGACAAUGGAGCGGUUGUCGUGUUAACGGAUUUUCGAGUUGUCGCCGUCGCCACUUACGCAUUGUAAACUCGUACGCUGCGCGUGUUGCACGCGUACACUAAAAUCGAAAAGCGAAAUAGUUCGACCAAAGAAAUCAAAUAUGGAACUUAAAGUACUUGCGAUUGUUUGUUGAACAAGAUGCAAACCGGAAAUUACUUGAAUCGCAAAUUUGAAAUCAGUGAAAGACCAGAACGAAAUUUUUCGGGAAUGUGAUGACAAAUAAAGUUUUGAAAUAAUAAAAAAAAUUCUCAGAAACUAUUAACGAUUGUAAGAAAGAUUUUCACGCUUAUAAUAUCCCCAGUGUCCGUUUGUGUGAAAAGAAAAUAAUUUUCCAAGUGUUAACAUUGAGAUAAAAUGCUUCUGAGCAACAGCUCCUCUGAAGCCCAGCAACAACAACAAACCGCAUCAGCGCCAUCGCCGCAAACCCAAUUUAGACAGCAAAAGCUGCACGAUAAUCAACACCACCAGAGUCAACAGGAAAGACGAAAUUUCACCAACAAUAAUAACAACAACUACUACUACCAUAACGAAAAGCAUAAUCUGAAUUAUUUGCCCGCUAACGUGACACAACAGGUCCCGAAACCAGCGUCAGCAUCAACGAAAUCCACACCCACCACCGCUGCCGCCGCCGUGGCAGCAGCCGCUGCAGCUGCCACAUUGUUGUUAAACCAAUCUGGCGUUUUCGCAACAACUGCCGACGCGGCAACUAGAACAGCGACAGCCACCACAAAUAUCAUCAACGGUAAUUCCUGUGUCGGCGCCACGGAUUUCUCAAUCGCUGCGAUAAUGGCGCGAGGCGCGAACGCCUCGAGCCGCGAACCAUCCGAAAGGAGUUUGAGUCCACUUUCGGUGGAACCCUAUCCCGAGCCAGACGAUGACGUCGAUGUGGAUGUUGAUGUGGUCGACUGUAGCGACUCCGAGUCGCCGUCGGGGCGCGCAAUGCGUGCCCAUCACCGCCAUCAGUUGCAGCAACAGCACCUGCCACAGGCGCACCACAAACUACAACGGCAUACGCACCACAGUCAGCAUAGCGCCAGUGUUAGUAACGGUGAUAGCACCGGUGUACAACAACAACAAACGAGGCGUAGCAGCAGUCGGGGGCGUGCUUCACCGCAGAGCCCCAACAGCUCCACCGCGAACGACGAGGAUCGCCUGUCGCCGGAGCCCGCGCAGGUAAAACGCAAAUCUGCACCGAAAAUUGUUGGCUCCUGCAACUGUGAUGAGCUGCUGCCGGUGCAGUGUCACCUGGAGACGAAGGAACUGUGGGACAAGUUCCACGAAUUGGGCACAGAGAUGAUAAUCACCAAAACGGGGAGACGCAUGUUCCCCACCGUGCGCGUUAGCUUUUCAGGACCACUGCGACAGAUACAACCACCCGACCGUUAUGCUGUCGUGUUGGAUGUCGUGCCGAUGGAUUCACGACGCUAUCGAUAUGCUUAUCACCGCUCAUCGUGGCUGGUCGCGGGCAAAGCGGAUCCACCGCCGCCAGCGCGGCUUUAUCCACAUCCCGAUUGUCCCAUAAGCGUGGAGGCGCUGAGAAAGCAGGUGGUCUCCUUCGAGAAAGUGAAGCUGACAAAUAAUGAAAUGGACAAAAAUGGGCAGAUCGUACUGAACUCCAUGCACCGUUAUCAGCCGCGCAUACAUCUAGUGCGGCUCGCUCAUGGACAGAAUAUACCCACCAACCCGAAGGACCUGCAGGAGCUGGACCACAAAACUUUCGUUUUUCCAGAGACGGUAUUCACGGCGGUUACGGCUUACCAAAAUCAAUUAAUCACAAAGUUGAAAAUCGAUUCAAACCCCUUCGCAAAAGGAUUUCGUGACUCCUCGCGUCUGACAGACUUUGAUCGCGACCCCAUGGACUCCUUUUUGCUCGAGCAGCAUCUGCGCUCGCCGCUGCGUUUCUUUCCCGACCCGUUAAUGGCGCAGCUAUCGCCGCAAGAGGCCGACGCCGCGUCGCUGGCAUUUCUGGAGAAGGCGCGCCAGCAUCUGCAAAUGUUUGGCCGCUCGCCGUACACGGAGAUGCUCUUGCCGCAACUGUACCAGCGCCCGCCUGUGCUGAACGCCUUCAACAUUGGCAUGUGGCAGCAGCAGUGGCCACAGCUGACCGCCGGCUUCAUAGCGAGCGCCAAUCAACAGGCCGUCGCUGCACAAGCCGCCGCCGCCGCUGCAGCAGCGGCCAAUGCAUGCCGCACGCCACCACCACCCCCGCCAUCGUCUAUCAUGGUUGGAAUAGCACCGCCGCCCCCGGCCACUACACCCUCUUCGUCCGGUUCGGCCUCGCCGGAUAUGCGUAUAAGGCACUUUCAGCGCUACAGCCCGUAUCAGGUGCCGCAUCCGCAGCAACAACAGCAACAAGUGCCGCAGCAGCAGCCGCCAAUAACGCGCUCGCCUCCACUAUGAGGAGAGGCCUGAAGCGAGCGGGGAUUCAAUUGUGCAAUCUGAUAUUUUGCUUUUAAUUUCAUCGGACAUAGAUAUGCUAUUUGGCGUUGCCAGCUGUGUGCGCGCAUGAAAAAAGGAAAGGAAACGGUUAUUGUUUCGCUUGGCGUGAAUUGUAGAAUAUUUGGAUGUGCGUUUGCAGUAUUAAAAUUAUUAAAAUUAGGCAAUUGCGAUAAUGAUUAUGUAAGGCAAUGUAAAAAUGCUAAUUCAAAUGAAAACUGUUUAAUUUAUUGUAUUUGUAAAAACGCUACUUUAUUUAUAUAUGUUCCUAAUCAAUUUGUA